AACUCAUUUUUAGCUGAAUUACUAUUGUUAUGAAUGGUGUAUGAAGGUUUGUUUUAAAAAUUUCCGGUGCUGCGUUUUCGUAAGAGAUAACGUUUUAUCGCUGGUACUACAAUGGCGACAGCUAUAGCAGUUAAACAGAAUGUUGGAAAUUGGUCAAAAAUGUUUCCUAAUGAGCUAGGAGUCGAACUCCAGUCCCUGGUUUUUAUAAAAAAGCUGUUUGCGGUUGCAGUAUCUUAUGUUUUGUAUUUCAGGGAUAUUUUUCCUGAAUCCGCUUUUCAUGACAAACAACUAGAAGGAAUCGAGCUAAAGAUUUUGAAGGAAAGCUCUAUCUUACCUGCUUCUUCAAAAAUAGUUUAUUGGCUUAAGGGUUGUUUUGAUGCCAUCGACCGUCAUUUUCUCAAAUCAGCGACCAUUGCGCUUUAUUUGUCGGACAAAGAUUUACAUCCCAGCAAAAUUUGUGAAUAUAACAUCAUUGAGUCCUAUUGUUUCAGACUUUCUUAUGGCCAGGAGAAGCUAUCACUUGAUUUAAAAACUGAAAACAAAAGAGAACCCAGUACUAUAUGCGAGAUCUCAAACUGCUCUGAAAUCGAAGUACGGAAUGCUACUUUGAAUCUACUCAAAAAUAUUCGAACUGCUGGAGAAAGAUUAUCCAAAUUACCAUCGGAACUAAUGAUAACGAUGAAACUGCAGUAUUACGACGAAGUUACACCAGAGAGCUACGUUCCUCCUGGAUUCAAGCAUGCAGAUAAUGUCACUUUCAACUUUGAAGAAGAUAACAUUAAUAUACGGCUCGGUAAUGUGAAAACUGCUCACCACAGCAUCAAAAUGCAUAUACAGACUAGUCGACGAUUAUUGGCCGGAUCUGUAAAAUCUACUAAAUCAACACAAGAAGAUGAGAGCAUCCAUGAACUUUCGUUAGGUUCGCUGAAUGCGAGUAAAGUGAAUGAAAACGAUGAUCUCACUUUAUCAUUUCAACAACAGACACUAAGAUCUGAUGAAAAUGAAUUAGAAAGUUAUGAAGCUCGCUGCCCAUGUGGUGUAAAUAAGGACGAUGGCGUGAUGAUUUUAUGUGAUGGAUGUGAUAAAUGGCAGCAUGCUGUUUGCUUCCGAAUUCUACAAGAAGGAGACGUUCCUACAUCACAUGUUUGUGAGAUCUGCGCUAAAUUGAAGCCUGAACUUCUUCAAACCGGAGGAAUCACAGAUGAAACUAUUCAGAAUUUGGGUGUUGAAGCUAGAAAGGCCACUUGUCUCUUUCGACGUGUAUUAGCACUGUGUCUCAACGAAGAUUCAGUCUCACCCGCUUUUAUAGCUAGAAGUCUUGGGGUAGAGUAUACCGUGGCUCGUGGAUUAUUUAAUCGUUUAAUCAAGGAGCAAGUUAUUAAAGGAGCAGGACCGCGAAGAGGUGAAAAGCUUGUUGAAAAAGAAUAUCUAGAAAAUAUUGUGUGUCCACGCUUUUUCUCUUGCAUUAGUUUGCACGAGAAAACAUCAGUGGUUUCCCCUCAAAUGUUAACGUCUCAAAAAUCUACUACAAUUCGACGGACACCUGGGGCAAUAAAGAAGGGGCACCAGAGACUGGCCUGUCCGUUUCUGGGGUUUUGAUUUCAAAGUUGUCCAGCAGAACACCAAGAGGUAUUUUAUGGCGAGUCUCGUUGCUGGAGAUCGAAGUUGCUCUUAGCUGGUAAGCUUGAAGCACCCAAAAUUCUUAGCCAACUGACACUUACUAAACCAAAUCUCUUUUCUUUAACACGGUUUGACCAGCUAUCUAUGUAAGAUGUGUUCUACGAUAGUCCGCAGCAGGUACUUUUUGACCAUACAGUUAUCUGUGCAUCAUGAUAUCGAUCUGUUUUGUUGAGAUCCAAGAGCGGGCAUCGAAAUGCGUCCGUAUUUUUCUGCAUACUAAAGCUUUUGCUGGAGACCCCGUUAAUUUUCUGAGGGUUUCGCGUAAAACGAUAGAUGAGCAGGGACCUCUCUGAAAUCUUUUCAGUGGUCCUUACAUUUGGUUUUUGUAGAGCAUUCUUAAAUGUGCCAACAAAGCGUUCGACAUAGCCAUUGGGUUGGGGAUGGGAUAAGGUGUUCAGACAUAACUGAUUUAGUUUUGCCGACAAAAUUCCGAGAUAGUAGACGUAAACUGUGUUCCAUGGUCGCUAGCUAUUACUUUUGGAACCCCAAAACGACUGAAUAGUUGACGUAGUUAUCUGACUGUGCAGCUUGCAGUUGGAUGUUUCAUAAACCAGCGAAGUCCAGUUGUAUACACCGUCACAAUGACUGCGGUAUUGGCCAUGAUUGCAGCCCAGUUUACUGCCGUGCUUUUUUCGCUGAGUAUUUAAUAUACGAAUGGGAUAGCUGCUCCAGUUGGGUGUCU